AAAUGUAAUGUAUGUACUCCAGAUGUUCAUCUCGUGGAAACGUAUGUAGCAAAAAAACGUACGGAGCAGGAAGAGAGUAACUCGCGUAAACGUCCUGGUGAAGAUGAUGGAGGUCAUGUUUUGAAAGUCUCUCGCGAAGAUAGCGCUACUGUGGACGACAUAAAGGAACUGAACAAUCGUAACCGAACUGUUGCUCUGAGCGAUUCCACAAUGAAUGGGGAUCUAUCUUCUACAGAAAUCGCUGAUACGAUGAUUUGCGGUAGAUGUCGCUUCGUUACGGCAGACUAUGAAGCAUUCAAAGACCAUCGCAUUGCCGGGUGUAGAGAUAAGGGCAGAGAUGAACCAAAAUAUCUGAGAUGCGCGUCAUGUGAUAACCGUUUCAAGAGCGCUUGGGGACUGUUAUGUCAUUUGACUGAGUUCCAUCGCAUGAUGCUCUACAAGGUCGACGAUGAGCCGGUCAGUUGGGCUAGCAAAGAGUCAGGUUCAAAACAGGACAGUGGAACUAGUUCUGCUCCCAGAGGAACACCGUCCAGGGAGACACCCGAGAAAUCACGUCAGGCUGCUCUCGAACCUACGCUUCAGCAACCUCGAACACCACAACAACAGGAUCACACGCAGUCUACAUCGUACGGGACAGUGUUUCCUAAUCCAUACGCUAAAACGCGCCUGCGAAUAGACUGA